AUCCAGAGUCUCUCCCCCAUAAAAUAGUGAGGAAGUAUUUAACGUAGGAGGCACAGAGUGGGACUCAGCUUGCAGGGCAACUUCCUGUGAUGCUCUUUUCCAGAAUGGAGUGAGAGUGAAAUUUACCUGUUAUAAAGUUGAAACGUUCAUGAAAAAGGAGUUUUCUAACCACAUAACCACUCAGAUCUGAACCAAAACAACAUUGUUCCCGGAGCACCUCUUUUUAAGGUAGAACUUUAGACUUCAUAGCACUGAAUUAACCUGCACUGAAAGCUGUUUACCUGCAGUUAUUCACUUUUGUUGAAAGUGACCAUGUCUCAAGUUCAAGUGCAAGUUCAGAACCCAUCUGCUGCUCUCUCAGGGAGCCAAAUACUGAACAAGAACCAGUCUCUUCUCUCACAGCCUUUGAUGAGUAUUCCUUCUACUACUAGCUCUCUACCCUCUGAAAAUGCAGGUAGACCUAUUCAAAACUCUGCUUUACCCUCUGCAUCUAUUACAUCCACCAGUGCAGCUGCAGUUCCUUCUAGCAUGGCACACCCCAAAGAGAAAACCCCAAUGUGUCUUGUGAAUGAGUUAGCCCGUUUCAACAAGAUUCAGCCUGAGUAUAAGCUUUUGCGUGAGCAAGGUCCGGCUCACUGUAAGGUGUUUACAGUACAGCUAACACUUGGAGAUCAGCACUGGGAAGCUGAAGGAAGUAGUAUUAAAAAAGCCCAACACACAGCUGCUGCCAAAGCUUUGGAAGGAACAAAAUUUCCUAGACCCAUAGUCCGCCCUUUUCGUAGCGAAGGAAGGAAUCCAGGUAUUAUGCGUGGGCCAAGACAGGUUCCUUUCAAAAGUGUGUCAAGAGAAAGCAUAACCCCUACUGUAGAGCUAAAUGCACUGUGCAUGAAACUUGGAAAAAAACCAAUGUACAAACCCGUUGACCCUUACUCUCGGAUGCAGUCCACCUAUAACUACAAUAUGAGAGGAGGUGCUUAUCCCCCAAGGUACUUUUACCCAUUUCCAGUACCACCCUUACUUUAUCAAGUUGAACUUUCUGUGGGAGGACAGCAAUUUAACGGGAAAGGAAAAACGAGACAGGCUGCGAAACACGAUGCUGCUGCGAAAGCUUUGAGGAUCCUGCAGAACGAGCCCCCGCCCGAGAGGCUGGAGGUGAACGGAAGAGAAUCAGAAGAAGAAAAUCUCAAUAAAUCUGAAAUAAGUCAAGUGUUCGAGAUUGCACUUAGACGGAACUUGCCUGUGAAUUUUGAGUCUUUCCCUCUGAAACAGGUCGCCCGGGAAAGUGGCCCACCUCACAUGAAGAGCUUUGUGACCAAGGUGUCGGUUGGGGAGUUUGUGGGGGAAGGUGAAGGGAAGAGCAAGAAGAUUUCAAAGAAAAAUGCUGCUAUAGCUGUUCUUGAGGAGCUGAAGAAGUUACCACCCCUGCCUGCAGUCGAGCGGGUGAAGCCCCGAAUCAAAAAGAAAACAAAGCCCAUAGUCAGGGUACAGAGUGGCCCAGAGCAUGGCCAGGCGAUGAACCCCAUCAGCAGACUCGCCCAGAUCCAGCAGGCGAAGAAGGACAAGGAGCCGGAGUACAUGCUCCUCACAGAGCGAGGCCUCCCACGUCGCAGAGAGUUUGUGAUGCAGGUGAAAGUGGGAAAGCACACUGCAGAGGGAACGGGCACCAACAAGAAGGUAGCCAAGCGCAAUGCGGCCGAGAACAUGCUGGAGAUUCUUGGUUUCAAAGUCCCACAAGCUCAGCCCACCAAACCAGCCCUCAAGUCAGAGGAUAAGACACCCAUAAAGAAACCAGGGGAUGGAAGAAAAGUAACCUUUUUUGAACCUGGCUCUGGGGAUGAAAAUGGGACUAGCAAUAAGGAGGAUGAAUUUAGGAUGCCUUAUCUUAGUCAUCAGCAACUGCCUGCUGGAAUUCUUCCCAUGGUGCCCGAGGUUGCCCAAGCCGUAGGAGUCAGUCAAGGACAUCACACCAAAGAUUUUACCAGGGCAGCUCCGAAUCCCGCGAAGGCCACGGUAACUGCCAUGAUAGCCCGUGAAUUGUUGUAUGGGGGCACGUCGCCCACAGCCGAGACCAUUUUAAAGAAUAACAUCUCUUCAGGCCACGCACCCCAUGGACCUCUCACGAGACCCUCUGAGCAGUUGGACUAUCUUUCCAGAGUCCAGGGAUUCCAGGUCGAAUACAAAGACUUCCCCAAAAACAACAAGAACGAAUUUGUAUCUCUUAUCAAUUGCUCCUCUCAGCCACCUCUGAUCAGCCACGGUAUUGGAAAGGAUUUGGAGUCCUGCCAUGACAUGGCUGCACUGAACAUUUUAAAGUUGCUGUCUGAGCUGGACCAACAAAGCACAGAGAUGCCAAGACCAGGAAAUGGACCAAUGUCUGUGUGUGGGAGGUGCUGAACCUCUUCUGGUCAUGAACCGUUAUAUAAACUUCCCAACAGAUACUGAAAAUCCUGAGACUGCUUUUGAAAAUUUGGAAUUUCUGAUACCUCGAGUGGGCCGAGAGACGCGAUGGGUAAAGAACUGGAGACAGCAGUGGUGACAGAGGCUGAGGCUGCUCGCAUGUGCUGUGGUUUGUCCCCACACGGCAGCAGCUGCUGUGGGGGAGGUUGGGACCUGCCAAGCAGCCCUUAAUUGCAAAACCAGCAGGUCCCUGCCCCUGGCACUUCAGUGCUUGGGUUUUUUUUUUUUUUUUUUUUUUU